GCAGUGAACAACCAUACAUGAGUCAAAUAAGACCCUUUGUUCAGAAAAUCAAAACACAAGCUAACAAACAAAAACAGUGACAAUGAUUUUCACUCUUAAAUCAUGGCACAUGCUGCACUUAUGACACACAAGUAAAGAUGAUCAACAAACAAGAUGUGAAAUUAUCCCAAUGCUUUCCCGCUGUCUGUGUGUGUUGUGCACUGAUAGAGACGCUGCACAGAUCUGACAGAUGGUCUGGGGAUAAAGCUACACCGGUGGACUCAGUGACCAGCAGAAAACCAUCCAAUUGGAAGUAAAACCUUCACAGCUCAUCCAAUAGAGAUCCAUACUCCACCAAAAACCUGACACUCGAGCACACGCUAAUCCCUGCAGCGCUGGCGACGGCUUUAAGCGGCCGCAGCAGGGAGGGGCGCCGCGUUUCACAUGACGUAUUGUUUCGCAUUGUCAAAACAAGUCCUGAAAUCCUACAACAGUUGAAUGGGAAUGAAACCGUGCACCGACUCAUUUUAGUGGCUGUUUCUUGUCAAAUAUUAGCACAUACACACAUCACAUGUCCACACUGACACUUACAAAUGCAAAUAUUUGCUACUUCAUCACAUGCAGCAAGUUGAUAAACCUACUUCACUACACGAUACAGAGAUACACAUGCAUUAGACCGUACCAGAAAUAAGCCUUACAACAACAGUGUGGUUCACACAGGAAAAAACAGUCUGUGCUCACUCUGCAUCACACCAUCAAAUGUACUUUGAGAAGCAAGCCCUAUGUUUCAGGGCUUGAUAAGAGUAUCUGUUGUAUCACUUUGUGUACUAUGCAGUCUCUGUUUGACAUCGCAGUGGAUUUUCCCUUAAAAUCCAGUGCUGCAUCCAGAAAAACAAACUUGCACUGCAUCAUGAUUUGGUGCACAAAACCGAGCUAGAUCAGUCAAUGAAAAUCUAAUGAUUAAGUCAAUCAAAAAUGUUAUAUUAAAAUAAUUUAAAAUGUAUUUAUUAAUAAUAAAAUGAAAGCAAACACGUACUGAAAAAUACAAAAAAAUGUUAUGUUUACCUGCAUGUCGUUUGACGGCUAAUCAACAACAGAGAACUUAAGAUCUCAGUGGGACUUCAAGGAAAUAUUUUAGAUCAAAAGGGUUCAGCUGACAAAAUCACUGGCCUUAAACGGGACGGCUCACCCAAAAAUACAUUUCUAUCAUCAUUUACUCAACCUUAUGUUGUUUAUUUCUUCUGUUAAACAUAAAAAAAAGAUAUUAUUUCGAAGAAUCUGGGUAACCAAACAGUUGACGGUAGCCACGGACUUCCAUAGUAUGGAAAAAAUAUGUUUUAGAAGUUGUUUGGUUACUAACAUUCAUCAAAAUGUCGUCUUUUGUGUUCAGCAAAAAAAAAUCUAAUUCAUACAGGUUUGAUACAAUAUGAGGAUGAGGAAAUAUGACAGACUUUUCAUUUCUGGGUGAACUAAGCACUUUGGUAAAGUGUCAACAAACUAAUAAAUUAUGACUGGCCUUCAAAAAAUGGCAAGUUGUCCAUAGUGUCUGCCAAAAUUCUACAGUUACUAUCCUUAUUGUUUUAACUCGUGUAAACCUACUCCAGCUUUAAACGGAGUAUGAAGCCUUCAGAAUAAAAUAACCGGAAACGCAAUUCAGACAGUUUUGGCGCCUUCCAGCAUUUUUGCGAUUUUUAAAAAUCUCCAAUGCUAUGAUGACAAAAUUAUUACUAACGGGCUUGAAGCAACUACAUUUUUAGAGUAGAGAAAAAGAACAAUAGGCUUUGAGGCGUGUUUUUUUUUUUUCGGUGAAGCGUGCGUGCGACGCGAAUAAAACGAGGUUUUCGUCGCGUCGCUGGCAGUGUGUGAUGUAAAACGAGCACAUCUGCACUGAAGCUCUGGCGUCAGAGAAACGCUCGCGGCGCUGUAGAAGAUGACGCCGCGUCGUCCACAUUAUUAUUGCGUUUUACUCUGUGCGUUAAAAACGACACCAGACCAAAACCCGUCAAAGGACGACACGCAGCGAUGUGCUGGGGCGUGUAAAGACGUGCCCUCAGAAGUGAUCAAGUGUGGUCAGGUGAAGCUGCGGGUCAGAUCUCAGUCAUAUGAGACACAGAGACCGUGUUGUGUGCAGCUUGCUGAAGACAUCAUGGAGGAGAUCAACAAUAACUCUGUGUCCACACAACAACAACAACACAGCACUACACAACAGAAGAACACUACCCAGGCAGCCAAGAAGGUCAAAAAAGCAAAGAAAGAGCCAAAGAAAGUGUCAGGCAAGAAGAAGAAGCAGAAGGAGGCAGAAAGCGCCUGCAGCCUGAUGGCCGAGCUUCCCUUCGCGAACACGGAGGUCUGGAAGGAGCUGGGCUUCUCCAGCGCAGAAUCGAGCACAAAGAAGAAGCGUAAGAGAGGAGACAGCAGUCGAGUGGAGAGUGAGGAAGAUGGAGAUAAGAAGAAGAAGAAGAAGGAGACGGCUCGCCCAAACUACUUUGUCUCUCUGCCGAUCACAAACCCUGAGAUCAAGCAGGCGGUGGAGCAGGUGCAGAAGCUGCUGCUGGAGAAGGAUUGUCGUCUGUCCCGAGCGCUGAUACCUGUGGGCACGCUACACAUCACUCUACUGGUGACUCACCUGAGCACUCAGGAGCAGCUGGAUCUCGCUGCGUCUACAUUAUCAGAGCUGGAGUCUCCUCUAAACGCACUGCUGGGGGGCCGGAGGCUGACCCUGCCCUUCUGUGGAAUCGGACACUUUAAACAGGAAGUGGCUUUCGUUCAGAUCACCGACGGAGAUCAUCUGACCACACUCACGCUCAUGGCAGAGAGCAUCAGGAAGGCGUUUGAGGAGCAAGGCAUCGUGUCUGGAGAUGACAAAGCAUUCAAACCUCAUCUGACGUUCCUCAAACUCUCUCGAGCACCUAAACUACGCAAGCAGGGCGUUAAGAAGCUGGAUCCGGCGCUGUUCUCUGAGUUUAAGGACCGUGUGUUUGGAGACGAAUGCGUGUGUAGAGUGGACCUGUGCUCCAUGCUGAAGAAAAAGAGCGCAGAUGGAUACUACCACCGCGAGAAGAGCGUCAGCUUCAAUCUCGUCUGCUCUCCUCCACACAUCAGUUCUCGUGUUUGCUCUGGAUCCUGAAGUAAAGUCCGUUCAGAAGCACUGCUGUAAUUUGGGCUCAGGUUUGCAGGUCAUUUGCAAACUCUUUCGCUUCAGCCUGUUAUUGUGGUACAGUAAUGCUCUCAGAUAGUAAUGCCAUAGUACUGUCAGAUAUACCACAGUACUGAAUGAGGAUUUUUUAAGAUGGCAAAACCAUUGUUUUUUUGUUGUUUUAGAUGUUUGUCUAUUUUGUUUUUUGGGCUAGUGCAAAUAAAACAUCCGAAAUACACAUUUAAGUGUUUAUUAUUUAUUGCACUUUAUGUAUUUGUCUGUAGAUUUCAAUGCAUAUUUUUAAAGGCGCUUUAGCAGCUCUUACAUGCACCUUUAAAAACUGUACACUUUUAUUCCUAUCUAUAUUCUGAAAGGUUUUAGUGAGGGGGUUGUUCAUAUAUCGUUUUAUAUAUAAAUGUACUUUGUGAAGGUUUUAGGCCACUGGUAUUUUCAGCAGCUAAAAAGUGGUUCGAGUUAGUCAGUUAUUUCUAUCUUUUGCUGUAGUGUGUCAGGAGGAAAUAUCAGUUUACAUUUCCAAACAUUCAUUUUGCCAUUAAUUGUAAUAAUGCAGUGAGAUUUUUGUCUGACGACAGCCAGUGCUCCUCACAGAGAUCUGAUCUGAUCAUCAUCAGUCUGUCUGGAACGACAUGAAGAAACAGAAGAACUGUAUCAUGCACAACAAUUAAUAAGCUCCAAUAUAUCCAGAACUCUGCAGCAAGGGAAUCUUCUCGCAUUACUCCCGUUCUACACAGACUUCAUUGGCUACCUGUCCGUUAUUGUAUUCAAUACAAGAUUCUCCUCAUCACCUUCAAAGCACAUCAUGCUCUGUAUAUUUCUGAUCUCAGUCAUACUUACUCUCCAGCUCGCACACGAUCGUCUGAUACUGGUCUGCUGUUAAUUCCACGACACAAGUUAGCAUCGUUUGGUGGACGAGCGUUUGGUGUCUCUGCCGCAACACUCUGGGGUCUUUCUUCAUUACAGGAUUUCAAAACCCACCUUAAAACAUAUCUUUUCCUUUCUUGUUUCUCUGAUCUCUGACUGUAUGAUCUGAUUCAUGCCAUGGAUCUCAUGUUUAUCUGUAGUUUGUGUUUCUGUCUGCUGUCAUGUUUAUCUGUUUUGAUAUUGUAAUGUGACCUUGAGUUUGCAGAAAGGCGCUAUAUAAAAUAAACUUAAUAAUAAUAAUAAUAAUCUUGCAAAGCUAGAUGAAAAACUAUGUGCUACUGUACCAAGGACAAAAGCUGUUUUAAAUGCAAAGGAUGCUCACACCAAAUGUUGAUUUGAUUUAGUUAAUAGAGGUUAAUUGAUAAAUAAAAUCUAUUUAUAACGCUAUUUUUGAAAGCAUCCUCACUUUACAGCAUUUAUCUUUGCAGGAAGGUUUCUUGAAGCGUCUUGGAGACACAGUUCUUCUGGAUUUAGUCUGUCUCAGUUUGUUCUGUUUCUUCAUGUCGUUCCAGACAGACUGAUGAUGAUCAGAUCACAUCUCAAAAAUCUCACUGGAUUAUUAUAAUUAAUGGCAAAAUUAAUGUUUGGAAAUGUAAACUGAUAUUUCCUACAGACACACUACAGCAGAAGACAGAAAUAACUGACUUAAAACCAUUUUUUGUUGGUGAAAAUACUAGUGGCCUAAAACUUUUUGCACAGUAUUGUAUGUAUGCCUGCGUACUUCAAUGUGAGUUCCUGAGGUCAUUAUUAAAAGCCGUUUGAAGAGCAUUCCUUCUGUGUGUGUGACUUAAGAGAAUGACACUAUUUUCCCGUCUAAAUACUGUAAAGCUGAUAUAAAGCCACCCAGUUUUAUAUCAAGCUGAUGUAAAGCUGCUUUGACACAAUUUGCAUUGUUAAAAGCGCUGUACAAAUAAUAGUGACUUGACUUGUGUGUUGCUUAAUACAUGACAGUCCCCUUAUGUUGCCAGUAUUUAUGUCUAUUUUAGUUUGUGCAUAAAACAAGAACAUCUGUCAGUCUGUCAAUGGGGCAUGAAAACUUUUUUAUCCUUUUAAUUAAGCUCUGUGAGCUCAUUGGCAGAUAUUUGUUCUCGUUUUAGUCAUAAACUCACUUUCACAAAAAGCAAGACUCAUCAUCUUCUGCCGUGGAGUAAAUGCAUCUUGAUUUAAGAACCUUUAGUCAUUCGCACUGGAAAACAAGACAGAAAUACAGAGGAAGAGCACCGUUUACUGCAGUGUGAUCAGAAGGUAAAGGACAAGAUACUUCUAUAUUCUAAUUAAGCUAUUUCUUUUUGUAAAUUUGUUUUAGUUAAAAAAGUAAUGUAGGUUGGUUGGGAAUUGCCAAUGUUUUGACUUUUAGGCAUUGCUAAAUCUCAUUGUGUUCUCUCUAGGCCUCGAGAUUUAGAGAUCAUAUGUGACCCAGGGCCACAAAACCAGUCAUAAGGGUCUUUUUUUUUUUUUUAAUUGAGGUUUAUACAUUAUCUUAAAGCUGAAUAAAUAAGCGUUCCAUUGUCGGAUCGUACAAUAUUUGGCUGAGAUACAACUAUUUGUAAAUCUGGAAUCUGAGGAGCAAAAAAAUCUAAAUAUUGAGAAAAUCACCUUUAAAGUUGUCCAAAUGAAGUUCUUAGCAAUGCAUAUUACUAAUCAAACAUUAAGUUUUGAUACAUUUACAGUAGGAAAUUUACAAAAUAUCUUUGUUUAAUAUCCUAAUGAUUUUUGGCACAAAAUAAAAAUGUAUAAUUUUGACUCGUACAAUGUAUUGUUGGCUAUUGCUACAAAUAUACCUGUGCUGCUUAUGACUGCUUUUGUGCUGCAGGGUCACGUUUGGGCUUAUUUUGCUCCCUUGAGUUUAUGGUGAUGGAAAGGGUUUGUGUGAAGCACAUGAUGACACUAGAGGUCAGUGUUGAUUCUCUGUUUCUUGUCUCUGUUCUUUGAACUGGUCUUAGUUUUUGUACACUAUUCUGUACACUACAGUCAGUCUUUGUCUUUUGCAUCAUUUUGAUACAAGUUUGUGCCAAAUAUCAUAAUAAGCUGUCGUAAAGCUGUGAUCAUGUGCUAUCAGCACCACUGACAUCUGAAAGAAUGGCGUUGUUUGGCAUGGUUAGUGGUCAUCGAGGUCAGUCAGUGUCUGUCUCUCAAACACACAUUGUGAUUUUGUUCCUCGUGCUUUUGUUUAGGCAAAAAUCUAACUCUUUAGGGAACACAAAAAAUUGAUGUAUUCUGUAGUAGAUAGUGGAUUUGCUGUCUGUACAAAAAUAGCUACUUUUAAAUGCACCUCAAAAUAAUCAGUCUAUAAUGGAUUGAUGAUUCAGUCGGGCUGAAAAGCCUUCAUGUAAACACAAAAGUUGAUCUGAAUGGAUUGAAAGAAGUUCUGCAGACUGGAAAUAAUCUGAUCAAUAUAGGACCUAAUUAAGCAUGUGAACACUUGAAUGCUACGAUCUUCUCUGAUUAUCGGAGUCAGACAUCCCUUGCACACAUGCACGGUGCUGUUUACACGUGUGUAUUACGUCCUAUGAAUGUGUGCAUGUUUAUUAACGUCUCAUGUUUUAUGAACUGGUUAGUAGAGGAGACUGAAUAUUUACUACUACCGUAAUUUAUUACCUGCUAGAAAGCUUUUCUGAUAUAAAUGUCAGCUUUCCUUUUAGAUUUGUCAUCAAGGCAAACGGCAGUCAUAUUUGUGGUGCUGUAACUCUGGUGGCUUCCUUUGGUUCGCAUGAAAAUGAGAAUCAGAAUUUAAUAAUCUGGAAUCAGAUUGGAUUUAGCAGCACGUAAACACUGAGGAUCAGGCUAGCACUCUGAUUUAAACAAUGUAUGGCUGCAAGAACUAAUCUAUGAAAAUAAUUAUCAAUAUACACCACCAGUCAAAAGUUUUUUCAUGUUUUUUUAAAUACUUCUCUUCUGUUCACCAAGCCUGCAUUUAUUUGAUCCAAAGUACAGCAAAAACAGUAAAAUUUUGAAAUAU